UGACGGAAAAAGCGUACAUACAAUCCCAAUCAACCUUCCUUUCCCAACACCCCUCUCACCAAGUUCAAUCGCAGUCGAUCUGCCUGUUGUCAGACUUGUUUUCUCCAUUCGUUUACAUUCGUCGGUCGGAUACCUUCCCGGAGAAGUAGUUUAUUAGAUCCAACGCAGUUGACCUGUGAAGACACCUCUCGCAAAUCAGCCACAAGAUCAACCAAUCGUUCAAUCCUUCCCAACAACCAAGAUGCGGUCUUCGUUGCUUAUGGGCGCUCUUUGCGCCGCCGGUGCGAUGGGUAAUCCACUCGACAAGCGGGCCUAUACCACUGACUGGACCAUCGUCACGGUGACCACUACUAUCACCGCACCUGUUGCCCCUGUUCCUACUACUUCGAUUGCCCCUGCUCCUACCACUUCGACAUAUGCUCCCGUCCAGGCCAGCCCGGUCUCGGAACCCGCCUCUAGUGUGGAGCCAGCAGAGCCCGAAACGCCUGCGCCAGCACCUGUGGAGCAGAGCUCGUCCGCGGUCUUUGUCGAAGUUCCGACCACUACGUCCACUACUUCCACUCCUGCGCCGGUGGAGCCUUCUACCCCUGCUGUGCAGCCCACGACCACUUCUGAGGGCGGUGUGGUCCCAGGAGCCGAAUCUGCUUGGACUUCGGCUUGGACGUCGGCCUGGACGUCGGCCUGGACCUCUUCUGCUAGCCAGCCAACCACCCUGGCAAGCACCACCUCCAGUGCCAGCGGCGCUGCCCCCACAAAUGAUUACCAGUCCUCCGUCUUGUACAACCACAACGUCCACCGUAGCAACCACUCCUCCAGCUCCCUUGAGUGGAGUGCCAGCUUGGAGGCAAGUGCCCACACUCUCGCCGCCAGAUGCGUUUACCAGCAUGACACUUCCAUUGAUGGUGGUGGCUAUGGUCAGAAUAUUGGAUAUGGUGUCUCCUCGGGGAAAAUUGGAGAGAUGAUCACCAACCUGAUGUACAACAACGAGAUGGGAUACUUCGAGUCCCUGUAUGGCCAGGCCAGCCCCGACAUGAGCAAUUUCGAUGCUUGGGGUCAUUUCUCCCAGAUUGUGUGGAAGGGUACGACUCACGUUGGAUGCGCUACAGUUACCUGCAACAGCCUCGGCAACGUCGAUUCGUCCGCGGCUGUGCCUUUCACGGUUUGCAACUACAGCCCAGCCGGAAACUAUGCCGGCGAGUAUGCCACCAAUGUCCUUCGCCCCCUUGGUAACGCGAUGUAUGUUGCUUAAAUUUUGAGAGCUGUUUUCGCCACGACUGUGACGGGAGAUCACCUUGUGGACGCAGCGGCAAGAAGUUCACUCUUGGGUCGCCAUUGAGUU